UCUCUUCCUUGAUAAAGAGAGAAAUUAGCUAUAGGGCGAAAAAAGAAAUGACAUCCCCGGAUGCAGCGAACUCGAAGCCGGAUGAUGAAGUUCCUCUGCCAGGGUUUCGAUUUCACCCGACGGAUGAAGAGCUGGUAGGGUUUUAUCUUCACAGGAAAGUUGAGAAGAAGCCCAUGAAGAUCGAUCAUCUCAUCAACCAGAUCGAUAUCUAUAAAUAUGACCCCUGGGAUCUCCCAAAAGCAAGUGAUACAGGAGACAAGGAGUGGUACUUCUUUUGCAAGAGGGGAAGAAAGUACAGGAACAGUAUAAGACCUAACCGAGUCACAGGAUCCGGCUUUUGGAAAGCAACCGGCAUCGACAAACCUGUGUACUCUCAUGGAGGAGAAGGCCAUGAGUGCAUUGGACUCAAGAAGACUCUUGUGUAUUAUCGUGGAUGCGCUGGGAAAGGAACCAAAACCGAUUGGAUGAUGCAUGAGUUUCGUCUUCCUGUUGAUAGCCCUAGCCCCAACAGUUCCAUCAUUGAUAAAUCCACUCCUCAAGAAGCUGAAGUUUGGACGGUAUGCCGAAUCUUCAAGCGCAACAUCUCGUACAAGAAGUACACCCCGGAUUGGAGAGAGCUACCACGCAAACAACCUACAGCAGCAGUGGUGGAUACAAGCAGCUCUAAAACAUGCAGUAUGGAGUACAGUGACCAGGAAAGUUACAUCAACUUUGGUGCUCCUGUAGAUGUCACCAACUAUCAUCAUAACGACAAGAAGCCAGUUGUGGUUGGUCAUCAUUCAACCGAGAAGAACCAGCAUCAAAUGCAAUUGGGUGCCUUGGGAGCAUUCAGCUCGACUUCUCACUUGCAAGCUCCAUCCAUAGCCUCGUCUUCCAGCCAAUUUAGCUCGGAUGUGAUGGAGCACCUCAAUUAUGAGAACUGGGAUGAGCUUAGAUCUGUCGUAGAGUUCGCCUUUGAUCAUCAUCAUCAGUAGUCUUUGCGCUUGUAGAUACAUAUGCAGCUUAAAUCAUAACUUCGCUGGCCUUGCUUAGUACAUAAAAGUUUGAGUUAAUGAGGUUGUGUGUACAGGAGAUCAUUCCAAUUUGAAUCUUAUAUAUUUAGCUUUGCUG